ACGCUGCAUCUGUGUGUGUGUCUCUCUCUCCCCCACAGACAGUCAGAGGUACCCCACGCUGCCUGUGUUUGUGUCUCUCUCUCUCUGUGUCCCACCUCACACCCACACACACACAGACAGUCAGUCAGAGGAACUCCACACAGUGUGUGUGUGUGUGCGCGCCUCUGUCUCUUCCUAUCACAGUCAGAGUGAGGUACUCCCCCACGCAGUCUCUCGGCAGCCACUCCCCGGGCAGGGUGCAUCUGCCUCCCCCAGGCAGUCAGUCAGACACGACUCCGGCGGAGGGCUCCAUGCACAGCUCCUCCCGGCCGGCUGGGAGCGGCGACGGAGGGCAGGGGGAAGUUGGCCGCCAGCGGGGCAGUCUCGGCUCUCCACUUCCAACAAGUUGUCAGAGCAAGGCGGCGGCGGCAGCGGCGUGGUGGCCAUGCAGUCCCAGUCUCGCUGGAUCCUCGUAAUCCUCUGCCUCUGUCAACUGGAUAUGAUACAUGGAUUCUACAGACAAGAUAAUAAUUUAUUUGACGAUGUGGAUUGGUCGUACGCUGGUGACUUAAACCAAAAGAACUGGCUGAAUAAAUAUCCAAGUUGCAAGGGGCCGAAGCAAUCCCCCAUCAACAUUGACGAAGAAUUCACGCACGUGAAUGUGAAUUUUCAGAAGCUGUCGUUCGAAGGCUGGGACCGCGAAUCCAGAGGAAAAGUAAUCAUUCACAACAAUGGAAAAACAGUUGAAAUGAACCUGACAGAUGAGUACUACAUCAGUGGUGGAGGAAUGAAAUCCAGAUACAAAGCAGGCAAGAUGUUGUUCCACUGGGGAAAGUGUAAUGCAACGGAGGGCUCUGAACAUACCAUCGAUGGGCGAAAAUUUCCUUUGGAGAUGCAAAUAUUCUGCUUUGAAUCAGACCAUUUUGAAAGUUUUGAUGAUGCAGUUCAGGGUCAAGGCCGCCUGAAGGCUCUGUCUGUUUUAUUUGAGGUUGGUCUGGUGGACAACAUGAAUUAUGAUAGUAUAAUUCACGGAGUGGAUAUGGUAAGCAGAUAUGGAAAACAGUUUGAAGUGGAGCCAUUCACUUUCUUGAAUCUUCUCCCAAACACAACCAGCAAGUAUUAUACAUACAACGGCUCCCUCACCAUGCCUCCCUGCACAGAAAUGGUGCAGUGGUUUGUGUUUAAAGAGACAGUGCCGAUUUCUGAAAAUCAGCUGGAGGUUUUCUGUGAGGUGCUGACCAUGCAGCAGGCUGGCUACGUCAUGCUGAUAGACUAUCUGCAGAACAACUACCGGGACCAGCAGCAACAAUUCGUAGGGCAGGUCUUCUCCUCGUACUCUGGGACAGAAGCCAUUCCUGAGCCAGUUUGCAGUUCAGAACCCCAGAAUGUCAAGGUCGUGGGAAAGAAUGGCACCUCUUUGCUUGUCCUUUGGGAAAGGCCGAGGGCGGUUUUUGGAGAUGUUCUGGAGAGGUAUGCAGUGUACUAUCAGCUGGAUGGAAAAGCCUGGACCAAACGAACAUUCCUGACGGAUGGUGACCAGGAUAUGGGAGCCAUUCUCAGCAACUUGCAGCCAAAUGCCACCUACGCUGUCCAAGUGGUCGCCCUGUGUACAGACGCUCUGCAUGGCGUGUACAGUGAACGGUUUCUCAUAACCAUGGGCACGGAAUUUGAAGACUCAGAUUAUGAUGUGUUUCUGGAUUUUCACGGUGCAUUUGAAGAUUUGGAGCUAACAGAAAAGGAACCAGGAAGAGCAGAAGCAAACUUACCCGAGCUUUACACCACUCCAGUUCUCAUUGCCAGAUGGAAUGGGGAGGAUAUGGAAAGUGAAACUGAGAAGCCCAUGGCUGUUAAUGAGAAGGAGUGGACAGCCAAUGUUGCUCCUAAUGAAAGUUAUUUAGUCAACGAGAUUGAAGAAAUGACCACCCACGUUGCCAAUCCCGACGCUAUCAUCUACCCGUCCUCCUCCCCUGUCAUCGAAACAUCGUCCAAGGAUAUCAGAGGUCCUCAGCACCCUGGAGCCCAAACCACCGUUUCGUCGGCUCAAGAGGAUUCAGACUAUUCUUCCGCCAUGGGAUCCCCGGAGUCGAAUAGAAUGUUCACUGACUCCCAACAAACAGGAAUUCCAGUUACAUCCCAGGCAAUCCCGGGCCUCGGUGCUCCCACGCAGUCCGACGCCAUAUUCCACGUAUCCGCCCUUAACGCCAGGAUUGUCCCUCAACCCGUCACGUCGCAAGUGGUUCGUGCAAAUAAUCCAACCCCUAACCCGUGGCCCGAAACGACCACAGUUCCUUCGCUGGUGGAUUCUGGCGCAGAGCGAGUUGCCUCCAGGAGUGAAGCCAUGGCCUCCCGGGAACCGAAUGUAGUCUUUGGUUGGGUUGGUUCCGCAGCCACCUCCCGUCCAGCUCAGAUGAUGCCUUCCACUGAUAACCCACCCAGUGAGGAGAUAGCUUCUGUAACUAUACCUCCCGCUGGCCAAGAGAUGUACCUCUACCGUACGCUUGAUUCCAUUGGCAGGCUAAACACUUUGCCCAAAGAGAGUGAAGGCCAGGCUACCUCUUCCUACUCUACCGGUGAGAUGGUGUUCCAAGCUACCGUCGUGCCCUCAAACAGAGAAGUGUCCUUUCGUGCUACCUCUGCUUAUUCCCACGAUGAAGUGCAGCUGCAACCGACUCCCUCCUUGUCCAGUACGCCCUUGUCUCCAUCCUCUGCUCCUGCUAGUAGUGAAGUGUCUCUUCAAGCGACCCGUGCCUUACCAAGCCAUCCCGUUUCGCUCCGUGUGACCUUUGAUCCCCCAGCUAGCGGCCAAGCCUUGCUUGCGACUUCCUCUGUUGCUUCCUACGAUGACGUGGGGUUGCCUCGCUCUCCGCCAGCCAGUGUUGAUGUGCUCCGCCAAGCCGCCCUCCCUUUAGCUAGUGACGAGGUGUCUCUCCAAGCUUCUCCUGCUUCCUUCUCUAGCGAGACACCUCUCCAUGACUUUCAAACCUCCUCCGGAGUUUCUGCAUCCCCGGAUGUGCCUCCUGCUGCCUCCAGCCAUCGGCCGGAGCAGCCCCUCUCUGCUGCUACCUCUGUGGGUGACGUGCUGUUUGAGUCUGCCCUUCCCUUGCCCAGCGCGGCAAUAAUGUCUCUUCAAACCCGUCCAACUUCUCCAGAGGAUGGGGUGCUUCUCCGCGUCACUCCUGCUCUUUCCUCCGCUUUGGUGCCCCGUGGCGAGACGUUGCCUGCCACCUCCGCACCCUCUGUUGUCGCUGAUGUGGCGCUUCAAGUCAUCCCUACCUUCUCCGAAAGCAAAAUGCCUCUGUCUGCUACUGUCUCCCCCCGCAAUCACACGUCGACUCCAGAUCCUCCUGCCUCCUCUAGCCCUGAAUUGUUGCUGCAUCCUACUCUAACUCUGCCUGGCAGUACAAGGGUAUUGAAUGACACCGAAACGUUCCUGAGAAACGAGACGACGCUUUCUGUUUCCCUCCUCCCCUCCACCGAUAGCGCGCCCCCUUAUGUAUCCGGUGCCCAGUUUAAUGUAGCCGGUAGCCCGCCCGUAUCGAGUGAUGACGUUGCCUAUAUUUCUGUUCCAACUGCAGCUCCCAGCAGUGAGGUUAUCAUGGCGGCUUCUGCCGCCCUGUUUCCACCUCCUCCUGUGCCUUCCUCUGUCACCUUGCUGAGUCAAAGUCACGGUGACGAAUCGUGGUCUUCUGGUGUUGACAUUGAUUUGUCUGAGGCAGACGAUAGUGUCCGGGCGACGACAUUGCACCCCAGGCCUGGCGGUCAGGCCUUGACCCACCUCAGCGGGCAGAUAUCCAACUCGGACGUGGAGCAGAAUAGUCAGUAUCCCCAGGUCAUGACCGGACCACCGGCAUCGUCCGAAGACAAGUCCUUCGUCGGCACUCCUGGCCCCCAUCGGUCACGCUCCAAGGCGGACGCAGAUCACCAGACGACUCACACUGCACCCAAUGGAAAGCACAAAAGGCCACGACUAAUAGGAAGACCUCACUGGGGCACCGCAGGAACUACACACCUGCCCCUGUCACAGUCUAGGACCCGUUCUUUCAUGACCAACGAAGAGGGGAGUGGUUCUGGCCAGAGUGCGUCUGAUAGUCUAAUUGUCAAUGGGACGACAGUGGUGUUAAGUUCCCUGGAGUAUGAUUAUAGAGCACUAGACACAGGUAAAGCAGCAGACCCACGGACAACACAGGCUUCACCUCCAUCUCUAACUAGUGGCCAUGAAACAACGUUGCUCGACGUAUAUGAGGCAGAAGCCAGCAACAGCAGCCAUGAAUCUCGUAUCGGGCUGGCAGUCGGUUUAGAGGCUGAGAAAAAGGCAAUAGUCCCUCUGGUGGUGGUGUCAGCACUAACUUUCCUAUGUUUGAUGAUGCUGAUAGCUGUCCUUAUCUACUGGAGAAAAUGUUUUCAGACCGCUCACUUCUACCUGGAAGAUAAUGCAUCGCCUCGAGUCAUUUCCACGUCACCAACUCUGGCUCUUCCUAUUUCAGAUGAAAUGGGAGCCAUUUCAGUCAAGCAAUUCGCUAAGCAUGUGGCAGAGCUUCAUGCCAAUGGUGGAUUUACAGAAGAGUUUGAGAAACUCAAAGCAUAUUAUGAGGAGGUCCAAGGAUGCACUGUUGACUUGGGCAUCACGUCAGACAGCUCCAACCACCCAGACAACAAAAACAAGAAUCGCUAUAUAAACAUAGUUGCUUUUGACCACAGUAGAGUUAAACUCUCCCCACUCUUGGACAAGGAUCCUAACCACAGCGACUAUAUCAAUGCAAAUUACGUUGACGGCUACAACAGGCAGAAGGCCUACAUCGCGGCUCAAGGGCCUCUUAAAUCCACAGCUGAAGACUUCUGGCGUAUGAUAUGGGAACAUAACGUAAGCGUGAUUGUGAUGAUCACCAACCUGGUGGAGAAGGGAAGGAGGAAAUGCGAUCAGUAUUGGCCAUCAGAAAAUAGUGAAGAAUAUGGACACAUCCUUGUAUCGCUGAAGAACACUAAAGUUUCAUCCUAUUACACCGUUAGACAAUUUACUGUACGGAACACAAAGUUUAAAAAGGGAUCAGUGAAAGGCAGGCAGAACAAUCACAUUGUGUUGCAGUAUCAUUACACCCAGUGGCCUGAUAUGGGUGUUCCAGAGUAUGCCCUGCCUGUACUAACAUUUAUACGGCACUCAGCAGCGGCCAAGGCCAACCCUGCAGGGCCGGUGGUGGUUCAUUGCAGUGCUGGUGUUGGAAGGACUGGCACAUACAUUUUAAUAGACAGCAUGUUGCAGCAGAUCAAACAGAAAGGCACUGUCAACGUACUGGGGUUGCUCAAACACAUCAGAACACAAAGGAACUACUUAGUGCAAACAGAGGAGCAGUACAUCUUCAUACAUGAUGCCCUAGUGGAAGCCAUCCUUAAUAAGGACACUGAAGUCCCUGCCAACCAUUUGCACGCCUACGUAAAUGCUCUUCUGACACCAGGACCAUUGGGAAAAACAAAACUGGAGAAACAAUUCAAGCUGGUGAGUCAACCUCAUGCCAAGCAGUGUGAUUAUUCUGCAGCGCUGAAGCAGUGCAAUAGAGACAAGAAUAGAAAUUCCUCCAUUAUUCCAGUGGAACGAUCAAGAGUUGGACUUGCCACACUGACCGUCGAGGGCUCUGAUUACAUCAAUGCAUCAUAUGUUUCGGGAUUUCAUCGAAUUGAUGAGUUCAUCGUUACUCAACACCCGCUGGCACACACUACAAAGGACUUCUGGCGGAUGAUAUGGGACUACAAUACUCAAAUUAUCGUCAUGCUGCCAGACAACCAAGGACUGACCACGUAUUGGCCGAAGAAAGAUGUGCCGAUGAACUAUGAAGCAUUUACUGUGAGCCUGAUCGGGGAGAGCAACUUGUGUCUUUCAAACGAAGAGCAGCUCAUCAUCCACGAUUUCAUCCUGGAAGCAACGCAGGAUGACUACGUGCUUGAGGUGAGGCACUACCAGGCUCCAAAGUGGCCAAAUCCAGAUGGACCGAUAAGUAAAACCUUUGAGCUCCUCAAUGUGAUACAAGAAGCUACUGCUACUCGGGAUGGGCCAAUAAUCGUCCAUGAUGAGCACGGGGGAAUAACAGCCGGCACCUUCUGUGCUCUGACUAAUCUGAUGCAUCAGCUGGAGAGAGAAAACACAAUGGAUGUUUAUCAAGUGGCGAAAAUGAUCAACUUGAUGAGGCCUGGCAUAUUCACUGAGAUUGACCAGUACCAAUUUCUAUACAAAGCUGUCCUCAGCUUGGUCAGUUCAAAGGAAGAUGAAAGACCUACGACCGCACUGGAAACCAAUGGCCUUGCCCUUUGUGUUGACGACCAUGGUGGAGCAGAAAGCAUGGAGUCUCUGGUGUAACACACGGUCCCCUUUCAGAUUUUGUUAACUGCACAGGUAUCCAUGUCACGUCGCCUCUGGACGGUGACUUGCGGAUGACGUCCUAUCAUUAAAAAUCUUAGCUGAAAAAUGUGCAGUAAGUCAUUUUGGCCUGGCUGAUGUUCGCUGUAGUUACAUAUUCAGCAUGUUCUGUGUCAAGUUUUUCGUGGUCUGCUUCCAGUUUGUACCAGAGUCAGACAUGGGGCUGGGAGGGGGGGGGAGGGGGGAGGGGGAGGGGGGGGGGGGGGGGGGAAGAGGAGGGUGGCAUUAAUUCCUACAGAGGCUUUUUGAUAGCGGCCACUCCAUCUACGGUUCCCCGACUCGAAGCCGCCCAAGUCUCACCCUUUUGCUAUCUUCUACAAUGUCAACAUCUUCACGAGGCCAGCGUUCGGCAGCGCCCUAUCACGCAAGCUAGAUCAUGCACAGAAAGAGGGAAGGAUAGCGUUGAUUAAAUCUGGAUAUGUAGACAUUGCUUAAUUAAAGAAAGAAAAUUAAUCUUCUAAUACAUAAUGUAAAUAGUAGAACAAUGAACCCAUCCAUGGACCAAAUUUCUAUUUAUAAUUCUAGAUUUUUAUAUUUUACUACAGAGUCUUUUCUAGUCUUUUUUUGAUGUUAUGACUACAUUGUUGUUGUAGCUGGCAUUUUAUUAAUGUUUAAAAUAUGUCUAAUUCCACUGCGAUUCUAAAUCUGAUGUCAGGUGUUUAUUAAUGACCUAUGUGAUGUAAUAUUUACAAAUAACAGCAUGCAAUUUUAACACUGUUUGUGCAACAGGAAUAGUGGGUCUUCAAAGCUUCACAGAGGAAAGGACCCAGAUGAUGUGUGAUUUUGUUGCAACUGAUGUUUUUACAUUUACAUAUUUGUGGCUACUGUGGAAGAAUUAAAAUGCAGGUUUUAUCA